CUGAAUGAUCACACUUCAUCAAAACCUCUAUCCCACAAUCUAUAUUCUAUCUUGUUUCCUUUGCGAGCAAAAUGACUUCAAGAUCAAGUAGUUACUCCAUAGCUGAAGACGUUUUGUUGUGUCAAGUGUAUUUAGACAUAACUCAAGACCCGAUCAUCGGCAGAUAUCAAUCUGCAAAUGAUUUCUGGUCACGAGUUGAGGCUAAGUACAACGAACAGCGUCAACAAAAUCAAGAGCAUCGUAAUACACGUUCACUGCAUUCAAGAAUGGAUACAAUAAGUACGCAAGCACGGAAGCUAAAUGGGUGUGUGAAGCAACUUGAGAAUUUAAACCCAAGUGGUGCUUCAGAAAAAGAUAUUCUGGAUCGUGCUAAAGUUUUAUUUAUGCAAGAUCCAAAAUAUUCCAAGGGUUUUAAAUUUGACCAUGUUUGGAAUAUGAUUAAAAAUUUUGAAAAAUUUAAAGAUAAUGUGCCAACUGCAAGACAUGCUGCUCCAAAAAAAAGACAAGUUAAUUACGACUCUUCCCAAUCAGACUCUCAUCCACCAUCUCCAAUUUCCUCAUCACCUGGAUUGUCAUCUUCGUUCAAUAAAGAAGUUGAUACUGAUUCUGGGUCAGAUUUUUCAACACGCCCAAUAGGGGUAAAAAAAGCCAAACUAAAGAAGAAAAAUGAUGAAGACACCACUAUUUUGCUUAAGUCGGUUAAGAGCGACAAUGAGCAACUAAUAGACAUGUUGAAGAAAUCGUCGUUAGAUCGACAAGAACAAUUGCAAAUACAGCGACAAAAUAUGGCAUACAAAGAACAGAAAAGAGAAGAUAAAAUAAUGUUCAUGGAUUUGAAUUCUAUUCAUGAUCCACAAACGCGAGCGUAUAUCAUGGCAGAAAGAUCGAGAAUUUUACAAAAAAAAUCUCAAGAAGGAGGAUCAUCAGCUGGAUUUGGGAAUUUGUUUGAUGGUCUCGGCGGGUCUGGAAGCGGGUUGAAUGACUACUAAUUUCUAAAUUAGUAUGUACCAUGUAUGUUUUUAAUUAUGUUUUAAUUUUAAUUAUAAUGGUGUUAUUAAUUGUAAUUUUAAUUAUGCAAUUUCCUUAAGUAUCAUUUGUAUUCUGUUAGAGUGUUGUUUGGAUUUGAAACUUUAUUUAUAAUAUUGUGUGAUUUAAAUUUUAUUAUA